UCAUAUACCACGGUAUCUUUGGCCAGAUCGGCUGUGGACCCUUCGUUAGAGGUACGUCUUCCAUCGAAGUGCUUCGCCAGUGCUACAAGUUGUAUCUCCCUCUCUGUCUUGGCCGCCUAGAUUGUGACGGAUGUAUGUAUGUAUGUACAGUACAUACAUACAUAGGCAGCCGAGGGGGGGGCAAGUCAGGUUUAGGGGUAUAAGAUAUCUCUGUAGGUCCGAAAAUAUCGACCCUCUUUCUCGUUCCUCUUGUCGUAUCCAACGAAUUGCUGCCAGUCCAACGUGCGCGAACCCCUUUCCCUCUCAAACAAGGCUUCUCGCCGUCCCGCGAUGAGAGAGUAUCAUGGCUUCAGCUGGUGGUAACAUCUUGCCGGCCGACAUCAGUCCCAACCAUGUUCUUGCUGGGAUAGCUGGCGUGGCAUUAUUUGCCCUUGGCGUUUCUCAGCUUUAUACGCAAUCCGACCUGGAGAGCGACGAGGGCCCCGGCCUCAUCACCUCCUUGUUCCUCUUCUGCUACUCCUGCUUCAUAAAGCCCUAUGGAGGCGAUUCGAACGGGUCCCAGCAGGGCCAGCUCGAGUCGUUCUACGCAACUCAGAGUGGCAUCUAUGACAAGACCAGAAAACCGCUCCUCAAAGGCCGGGAGGACAUGCUGGCGCUGGUCGCCGCACAGCUCCAGUUCAAGGCCAAGAGGGAUGGCGAGUCCAGGGACGGAAAGAAGCGUGUCUGGGUUGAUGACCAGGUUGGAGGAGGGACUGGCUGGAACAUCGAGGCUAUGUCGAAAUAUGUCGACGUUCCGAGCUUCUUCUCCAGGGUCUACCUCGUCGACUUCUCCCCGUCUCUAUGCGAGGUGGCGCGCAAACGCUUCCAGCGACUUGGUUGGUCCAACGUAACUGUGGUCUGCCAAGAUGCGCGGAGCUUCAGGCUCGAGGACCACGAAGAUGGCCUUCCCCCAGCGAGGACCGCCGGUCGUUCCCCCCGUCUCGGCUACUUCUCACAAAAACCGGCAGAGCACGGCGGUGCUGACUUGGUCACCAUGUCCUACAGCUUGUCGAUGAUUCCUGACUACUUUUCUGUCAUCGACUCCCUGUCGUCGCUCCUCUCGCCAAACGGCGUCCUGGGCGUGAUUGAUUUCUACACCCAGUCCGACGUGGACGUUGCCUUCCGAAACUACACGGGGGGCGGUAUGGGACGCCACGUCAACUACGUUGCCCGGACGUUCUGGCGUGCCUGGUUCGAUCUCGACCGCGUCAGUCUAGAAGCAAGCCGCCGAGAUUAUCUCGAGUACCGUUUCGGGACCGUCCUAGGCAUCAACUCGCGGAAUCGCAGUCUGGGCUCCAUCCCCUACUACAUCUGGCUGGGCUGCCUCAAGGAACCGUUCUCUUCGUCGAGCCUCCCACACGAGAUCAUUGAGCGUAUAGACGCUCUGGCAACCGAGUCCCCUCUCAUGCUCCCGGCGGACAAGAUGAAGACAGCAACAAGUGCUCUGACCCGUGCCGUCGAGAGGACCGCACCUGAGAUACGAUCCAAGGCUUUUGACGCUGCAGUCGAGAACGUUUCUGCCGGCCUCCCUCUUCCGUCAUUCUUCUAUCAGAACCACCAUUGGCGCAUCUAUUAUGACGAUCGACUGCAGAAGCACACCCAGUUCAAGGAUGAGUACAUUUACGCUUUCACGUGGGAAGACUCUCGCGUCGACGAGAGGAUACUCAACCUCGGACCGGAUGACGUGGUUUUGGCAAUCACGAGCGCGGGAGACAACAUCCUCUCCUACGCGCGGCAAAGCCCGGCCACGAUCCACGCCAUUGAUCUCAACCCGAGCCAGAACCACCUCCUGGAGCUCAAGGUUGCCUCGUACGCAGCGGCACUGCCAUACGACGACUUCUGGAAGAUGUUCGGGGACGGCAAGCACCCUGACUUCCGCUCCAUCCUCACCUCCAAGCUGUCCCCUCACCUCUCCAGCCGCGCCUUCCAGUACUGGCUCGGUAACGCGCACAUAUUCACCAGCCCGCGCGGCCGCGGCUUGUACGACACGGGCGGCUCGAAGCACGCGAUCCGCAUCUUCCGGUGGAUCUCGCGCCUCUUCGGCUGCCGCCGCGCCGUGGCCGAGAUGCUCGAGGCCAAGACGCUGAACGAGCAGCGCGAGAUCUGGCACCUCAAGCUCCGGCCCGCGCUCCUGUCGGGGCUCGUCAGCCGGUUCGUGCUUAGCUCCGAGGCCUUCCUCUGGACGGCACUUGGCGUGCCCAAGAACCAGCUCUCCAUGAUCGAAUCCGACCACGCCGCCAGCGACGCCGUCCGGGGGUCAUCCGGCGUCCCCGGGUCGGGGACGGCGCGCAACACGCGCUCGCACGCCCUCUGGCAUUACAUGGUCAACACGCUCGACCCGGUCGUCGAGACCACCCACAUGGCCGCCGACAACCCCUACUACCACGUCUGCCUUGCGGGCUCCUUCUCCCGCCGCUGCCACCCGGACUACCUGGCCCCCGAAGCGCACCGCCGCCUCAGCCGCCCCGGCGCCCUCGACGGCCUGCGCAUCCACACCGACGAGCUCGCCGAGGUCAUAGCCCGCCUGCGCCCCGGAUCCCUGACCGUCGCCGUCGUCAUGGACAGCAUGGACUGGUUCGAUCGCGGGUCCGCGGCCGCCUCGCGGCAGGUGUCGCGCCUGAACCGGGCCCUCGCCCCGGGCGGCAGGGUCCUGCUGCGCAGCAGCGCCCUGGACCCCUGGUACGUCGCCGAGUUUGAGCGGCGCGGGUUCGCGGCCAAGAGGGUCGGCGAGAGGGUCCCCGGGCGGUGCAUCGACCGCGUCAACAUGUACGCCAGCUGCUGGGUCUGCACAAAGGUCGAUAACCUGCGGCCCGAUAGCCCGCCCGGCAGCCCGCCCGCGCCCAUGGUCGCUGGCGGCGAGGGGAUUGAGGUGUUGCCUCUGUGAUUUUCGGGCUGCCUCUCUCUGAUCACCCCUCCACCCCAACCUACCCCUGAGUUAUCGGGGCGCUGGGAUAGGGGUUUUGCGCCGCCCGCGCAGUGGAAGGGCCGGAUUCGGCAUGAGUAUUUCAACAAUGCUCUGUCUGCCAUGGCCGUGAUAACAAUCACUGCAUAUUCCUCAAAAUUCGAUGGGCUGAUCACCAAGCACUUUACUACUUUGACACUAUGUUUGGACGGGUAUAGGCGGGAAACUGUGUCUGGGACGGCGGCAACUCACAAGAGGGUACCAAUACCGCUGAAUGUCUUUCUUACCAAACUAAAGUUAGGCCAUGGUCUUCCUCACUGUAUAUACCGGUAGCUUGCAAUUGAAAGUAGUUAAGGCCGUCCGAACGUAUGUCACACAGGA